AUGAGCGAAACUGAGCGAGACAACGACACAAGCAUAGAUCUCGCAAUGUCUCAGAAUACGCAACAUCUCGGCGACGUCGACUCUGUGAUCCAGAAAGUGGCCCAUCAGGACGCAGUGCCGGCUGAAAGUCCUGGUGCUGAUCCUGCCAGCAACGAGAUCAACGAACAAGACCAUAACCAGGGUUUGUCGAGUCCUGCAGGCGUCGAGACCGACGAGCCGCUCAGGUCCGAACCGUCGCUCUCAGGAGGUGAGAUUGAGCAUUCUGAGGACGUUUUAGAUCAACCCACGUCACCUCAUCCCCUGGAAACGCCUCUGGAGAAGGCAAUCUCCGACAACGACCAGACCGAGCGAUCGACUGUGCUGGGGCAAGAAAACGGACUUCCCAGCGAGCAGAUUCCAGUUGAGCUUUCAGAGCCUCUCCAGGACACGCGUGCGGUCUCCUUAGAGCCAGACGUGGAGCCUCAGGAGCCCUUACUCGUUGAUAGCAUACCUUCCAACAACGUGGUACAGCAUAGAGAACAGCCAGGCGUGUCGGAGCCUCCGUUGGGCGUGGAAAAUACACAAGCUGAAGCCAAAGAUGACCCAGAACACCCAGUAGAGACAGUUAGCGUGGAGAACGGUGAAGAGACUGCAUUGGCACCAGAACCAAGUAAAGCAGUGAACGAACCAAACACAGAAACGGCUGCGUUGCCCGUGGAGUCGCAGGAAGUGGAUGCUGUUCAAGAGACGCUGGACGAGCCUGAAGAAGAGGGAGCCUCUGAUGCAUCUGCAGCUGAUGUCCCUGACACCAUAAAGAGCCCUGUCCAGGAACCGUUGCUCGAAGCGAAUGAGCCUGUGGAUUCUGUUGCUCCUGCAGCGACGGUACCAGUUGAGACAUCCCAGCCAGAAGAGUCCACACUGCCGUGGGACCAGGAGCCGGUGGAAUCUUUUCCUUGGGAAACAGACGGUCCGUCUGGCCCUUUGCCUGAGGAACAGCCUCUGGAGCAGUCCCCAGAAAAAGUUUCAGAGCAGUCGUUGGAACAGCCUCAAGAGGAGGUUCUUCCGUGGGACACUGAGCCUAGCGAUCCACUACCUUGGGAAGAGCACAAAGAGCAAGCGCAUCUGCCUUGGGAAACAACUUCUGACAAUGGGCCUGAAAAGAGGGCAAAUGUGACUCAGGAUUUCUUGGAGUCAAUAGGUGCCGAGAGUGCUACCGAGGCUCCAAAAGACAUCCCGCCUUCGGAGAAUGCUAAUGUUUCGGAGGAAGCUGACACAGAAAAGUCUUUAGAAAUUGGUGAAGAUGCUACGGCUCCAGUGAAUCCAGCAGAGCCACCGGAAGAGCAGAAAAAGGAGCCCAAGCUGGAUGACAAGCUGAGUUUCCUUGAGGAAGAUAACGAGCUGUUGCUGGACGAAGUGCUAGAUGACGAUUUCUUGGAUGACGAGCCGUCGACCACCCCGGCCACCACUCCCAUUCCUCAGGCACCUGCCGUUGCUGUGCCAAGACAAUCGCCUGCUACAGCAUUUGCGUCCCGUUAUGCCCCACAAGGAUUCCAGACGACUUCGCCGCCACCUGCCGUCCUGACACCGUCGUACUCCAACUUCCAAGCUCCAUCGUUCCAGCAGUCUCAUAUCAAGGAAAAACUAGAAAAGGAGAAAAAGAAGACGGACGCAUAUGAUUUCCCUGCAGAGCUGCUAGCUAAACACGCUCCUAUCUCAAAAACGCCGGCUCCAAAGCAGAACGUUUAUACUAUGAUCGAGCUUCAGAAAAGCCAUGCACACCAUCCAGCAUCUCCCGCCUCGCAGUCGAAUCCUCUGCCUCCACGGGCUGGCAGCGUCUCGUCUACUCGUUCGACUCCUCCACCUGGAAGAGCUACACUGAGACCGCAAAAGAGCUUUUUCGAGGAGCUCCCACUCCCAAGCAUUGCAACCACCUCUUCGCAUCCUAAAAAUCCGUAUGAGCUAAAUGCGUCCAGCUCAUCAGCUAGAAAUCCAUACCAGCCAAAGUCGCCUGGAAUCUCAAGAGCCAGCCCUUACUCGCCUGCUGUUUCCAACGCCCAGCUAGCUGGCGUUAAUCAGCCAUCAGCAGGUGGAACACAUCCUCCCCCUCCUGUUAGUGGUCGCCCAAGAAAGUCUACCAACCCGUAUGCGCCAGCUGAGGCUGGAGGGCACGCAAGAACGCCCUCGACAACGUCUACUCCACCAGUGAAUCCCAACGUUGUUCCGGUGCCUCACAAGUCGCCGAUCGCCAAAAUUGCAAGUCCAAGAAGUCCUAAUACACACAUGCAGUUUGCUCAGCCUGCCAGUGACACCGCCAACUUUGGAAUACCGCAACAACAGCUUGGAGCUACUCAGCCGCAACUGAGACAUCCUUCAAACCCACAGAAGGCUACGAAGUACUCCCCUUACACGCCACAAGCUCCGCAAUCAAAGCUUGUUCCAUUUCCACAUCCUCCGGCUCAGCCAAAAAGCAAUUACCAGCCAUUGGACUCUGUUUAUGGUGACAAUAUAAAGCCGGACACCAGUUCUCCUACAGUAUCGCACAACAGAAGAAGCUCGUUCCUUCCUCCGGGGAAAAACUCGGGAUAUUCCUCUACACGAAGCAACGCAUCCGCACAUCCGGUCCAAUCCACUCCUGCGCCAGUUGUUGUGAAUCCAGAGAACUUGGUCAGAAGACAGUGGCCGCUGUUUAGUUUCUCGGGCUCCAACAAAGUGGCAUACCUUAUUCCUUCUUCAUAUGGCUACGGACACCACAAACACGAUGUGAAGAUCAUCGACGGUAAUUACGUCUUCAAGAAUGAGGUGCUCGUGCAGCAGUUCCCUGGUCCUUUGGUCAAAAACAAAACCAAGAGGAAGGAUGUUGAAAAGUGGAUCAACGACAAGCUGCUGUCUUUGGGAGCUGAUCUGGAAGGUCCAUUCACCUCGGAGAUCCACCUUCUGUGGGCUGUGAUGAGGACGCUCGUGACAAAUAUCAGCAAGCCUGGUGAUUUUGCCCAAAAAGAGUAUCUGGCAAGCGUGGUUCAAGUUUUAAACCCUUCUUUAUUGGUCAGCAGCAUCCAAGAUGGAUCCACUGAUUUGAGCAGCAUUGAGAACUACUUCGUUCCUAAUCAAAAGCCUUUCAACGCGCACAAACUUGAACAGGCUGGUUUGAUGAACCUCAGCAAGUAUUUGGAAGCUGGGGACAAGCUUGGUGCUCUUCAAAUGGCCAUCGCUGAGGAAGACUGGGCGAUCGCCUUGAUAGUUGCAAACCUGCUGGGCCCAGAAGCCUUUUCCAAGGUCACCAAACUGUACACGGAAAGAAACUUUGAUUCUGCGGAUGUUUUGCAACAGAACCUGAGCUUCUGUUUGCAAUCAUCGGGCGAGAACGGAUUCAGUGCCGAGCAGUUCCAUGGUAAAGAGGAGUGGGUAAUUGAAAACUUCAGAUCUGUUAUUCCAUUUGUCCUUCUCAACAACAAGAAUCCUGCCUCUGUCUUAGUCCAGGUUGGUACUUCGCUUUCGGAGGCUGGUUUUGACCUCCACGGCAAAAUAUGCUUCUUGCUGUCUGGUAUGCCACUGAUCCCCAAACUUCAAACCUUCUCGCCUAGUGACAUUGACUCUAUGAUCAUCGAGGAGCUCUAUGAGUACGUCCUGAGCUCCUCCUCGAACAUCCCUCCAGCAUUUUCAAAUGGUUUCCCGCACAUUCUUUCUGUCAAGGUUCGCCAUGCAUCCUACUUGUUGGAUGUUGGUCACUUUGCGGAAGCGAAGAAGUACACUGAUCACACGACAGCGAUCAUCAAAUCCAAAGCCACCUACGUUGACCCUGCCGUUGCAUUUGCCAAUGACCAGCUGUUGGAGAGACUUUCCCAAACAGAAAUCGAGGUCUCUGGAUGGUUUGGCGGUAAAUUGGGCAGAUCAGGACUGGACAAAGUUUGGGGCCACCUGGACAAGUCGUUCAACAAGUUUGUUGCGGGCGAAGAGCUUGAAGACGGCAAAAAAGCAAAAUCGGAAGGUGUUUUUGCCAAAUACAGUCCUGCUCCCUCUCGCACUCAAUCUCAACUGGACCUCUCCAACAUACAGCCACAGUCUCAGCCUGUGAUGCCAACUUACCAAACCUUGUCUAGAGCACCAUCGUUCGGCGUGUACGCCUCUUCUUCUCACUCACAGUCUGCUCCUACAACAUCGUCAACUUCCACUCUUAUUCAAUCUCAUCAGCCUUACUCUCAGGCGAAGACAAAGUCGAAGAAGGCUUCUGCUUAUGCCCCUCUUCCUCAGCAAAGCGCUGGUAACGUUUACGAUAACGAGAAGCCGAUGCUGAACACUGCUCCAUUGUCGUCGCAUGAAUCGUCCCCUUCGGCGCAAAUAGCAGAUCAAGGCCAGGGUGCGGUUUCGUAUCCACCAGCUGCGGCAAGAUCUAAGUCUUUUGUGGAAGUCGGACGUGCCCGCCCUGAGCUGCCUUUCACGACGUCUACUCCAGGGCCGGGACAAACCUAUGUUCCUCAAAGUCCGUUCUCAUUGGACAACCGCGAUGUCUCUGGAAAGGUUUCCAAAUACGGUUCUCGAAAGGAGCCUGCAGACUUUGGUGCUUACUCUCCUGCUCCAACUGAUAGGGAGGAGAGAACAGACUUCGUUGAGGAGCAUGAUACGUCCAUAAUGACCGACGAGAUUGUUCAGCAGCCGGCUGCCAGAAAGUUUGUGCCAAACCAGGUCGAGUCGAUCAAUAUCUCCCCUGUGCAGUCAAACGAGCCUCCAGCACCGCCAGCAGCACCAGCCACGCUUCCUGAACCGCAGGCUGAGAAUAAGCCUCCAAAGAAGCCGAACGUCUACAACCCCUAUGCGCACGUGACCUCAAAGAAGUCGAACGGCUCGAAGCAGAGCCGGUACAGGCCUGCGACGGACGCUAUGGCUGAGUCCACGCAGUCCAAUGACGACACCAAUGCACAGGACUCGCAGGCUCCCGACUUUGACUCCUAUGAUUUCUACAGUUACGGUGGCUACCAUGCUCCUACUGCUGCAGAGAUCGAGGCCGCUAAGAAGGCCGAGGUGGAGGAAAAACAGAGACAGGAAGAGGAGUCGUUGCCUCCGGCUGAUACUGAGCCUGAAGACAGCCACGGUUUUGAGCUUGAGUCAGACAUCGAUUCCGAGUCCAACGACGAACCAUUGCCUCCUCCUAGCGGCAGGAUUUUGAGGCCUGCUGCCUCGUUCCAUGUUGCUGACGCGCGCCAUCUUCAGAGCAUGUUUGACCCUCCAUCUGCUCCAUACAGGCCGCCAAAGUCUCCCGCUACCGUUAUCACGGACCAGAAGAGGUAUCAUGCUGAUGACGAUGACCAGGAGUACUACGACGAUGUGGUUGAUGACGAUGACGACGACGACGAAGAAACGAAGGAGCAGAAGAGAAAGAACAGUGAGGAAGAGGAAAAGAAGAGGAAGGAGGAAGAAGAGGCCAAGAAGAAGGAGGAAGAGCAAAAGCACGCGGAAAAGGGAGGAAGCUCGUGGUUUGGCUGGCUGGGAAAGAAGAAAAACGACCAGCCUAAGCCUAUCAGAGCCAAACUGGGUGAAGAGAGCUCUUUUUACUACGACGAGAAGCUAAAGAGAUGGGUGAACAAGAACGCCUCGCCGGAGGAGCAGGCUGCUUCAACGCCACCGCCGCCGCCUCCUGUCAAGCGGGCUGUGUCUGAUUCUGUCUCUGGCAGGCCUGCGGCCAACAAGCCUGGCGCAAUGGGAGCACCUCCGCGCGGACCGCCGGCGGGGCCGCCUACUCCGGCAACGGUGAACGGCACCAAAAAAUCGGACAACAUCGAGGAGCUGCUUUCUAUGUCUGCUUCGACGACGCGCAAGUCCAAGCGUGGUCCGCGGCGUGGCUACGUUGACGUUAUGGGCCAAAAAUAA